GACUGGCUCUCCCGGCCACUUCAACUCUUCUUACGCAGCCGCCGCCCACACGAAAAGCGACUUUCUGGCCUAGAACUGUUACCGCUUGAACUUUUACUCCAUAUCACAAGAUUUUUGGCAAUCACCGACAUUAUCUGCUUAGGUCUGUGCAGCCGAACGCUAUAUGACUUCGUGACAGGUCUCUGCGAUCUCAACCCAGUGCAACGCAACAAGUCGAUAGCUAUUUCUGCCCUCAGCAGACUAGUCCGAGACCUCCCUCGGAUGUUCUGCUGCCACUACUGCGCAAGAUUGCAUCCUAUAACCGACGUCCGCCCCCCAGCAGUUGAUCAGAUUAUCUUCACAAAAUGCCCGGACCUGGGAGCUCCAUAUCUGUACCGGGGUGAUGGUCCACUGCCUUCGCUAAUGUGGUUCUUUAGGGUCCACGGUCUGCCCAGCGGAUACAGAUUCCAACACUGCCACCUGGUAGCCGUGCUACAGAAUCACACUUUUGACGGCUGCUUGGGGAUAGAUUCUGAGUCAUUGGCCUACACCGAGGUGGUUGACUAUCCGGCCGAUCCCGCCAGAACGACUCUGUUGUCAGUGGAAGGACGGGUCUACGUGCCUGCUGGAGCUGGCCCGACACCACCAUCGCUAGUUCUGCAGAUACAGCAGUGGGUAUUAUUUGAUGAUGACGACGUCGUCUUCUCCAACAGGGACAAUGAUGUUUCUCUUUCAGUCUUCCAGCAUCGGUUCAUUUGCGGAGCGCAGAAGCUGGACACUGCGGUGGUAAUGGACGCCAUUCGAUCUGUUGUCCAGCAGCGGGGAUUCUCUUCUCUGGACGAGCAACCGCCGGCCGCUACGGAGUGUAUGCGGUGCCCAAUUUGCGAGGUCGAGUUCCAGAUUGCCCUUGAGGACUGUGGCAAGGAUGGAAAAGCAGUGAUCAUUACCAAAUGGCUAGACCUUGGGGCGGGAAUG